CGGAGGGGGAGGGGCAUUCUCUCUCUCCUUCUCUUCCUCCUUCUCCUCCUCCUCCUGGCUCCUCACCAUCUCCACAGCUCAUGACGAUUCUCAAGCCGCCCAGGGCCAAGAAAGUGCCGAAAACGCUGAUCAGGUGUGGGGACCACCGUACGGACGAUUACCACUGGCUGCGAGACGACAAGCGCUGCGAUCCCGAUGUGCUUGCCCAUCUGACGGCUGAGAACGAGUACACGCAGGCACUGAUGAAGGACACUGAGUCGCUGCAAGAAACGCUCUUUCAGGAGAUGAAGGGUCGGAUCAAGGAAGCCGAUGUCACUGUGCCUGUCCGUAAAGGCGACUACUUGUACUACACUCGCACGGAGGAAGGAAAGCAGUACCGAGUGUGGUGCCGGCUUCUCAUUCCCGGGGGACGUGGCCCAGGGACCGUUGAUGAGCUGGUUGAUCUGGACACGAAGGACAACAGGAAGAAAGAAGAGAUCCUUCUGGAUGGAAAUGCAAGAGCCGCAGGAUUAGACUUCUUCGACGUCCACGAUGUCGUGGUAAGCGAGGAUGGAAAGAUGAUGGCGUAUGGAAUCGACCUGGAAGGGGUUGAGCAGUAUACGUUGCAUGUUGAAGAGAUCGCGACGAAGAAGCAACUCGUGAACCCUAUUCGUGGGACGACUGGCGAGGUGCUAUUCGCGGCUGACAAUCGGACUAUCUUUUAUCUCACCAAAGAUGAAGUGCAAAGGCCAUACAAGGUUUGGAGGUACACACUUGGGACCGACUCACCUGAUAACGUCGAGGUAUACCAUGAGGUGGACGAGGAGUUCUCUCUCACUCUGGAUAAAAUGGAUUCUGAGAAGUACUUGGCGGUCAUUUCCAGUAGUGCCAUCACUACUGAGGCCCUCUACAUCGACUCCCACAACCCAUGUGGGGAGUUGCGCAGUUUUCUUCCACGUGUUCGGGGUGUGGAUGUCGUUGCGGAGGAACGCGGGGAUUACUUAUUUUUCGUCAGACGGACUGAUGAAGCAUUUAAUUCUGAGCUAUUGAUUGCACCACUGAGUGAUCCAACCGUCGCGAAGACACUCAUUCCGCACCGAUCGAUGGUGAAACUUGAAGAAAUAAAAAUGUACGAGAAUCACCUGGUGGUCAUGGAGAGGGAAAAUGCACUACAGAGGAUGAUCGUGUACGUGCUUCCGCCUGCCGGACAUCCUGUCCAUGAAUUGCCAAAGGGGCGAGAAGUUGCUUUCGAUGAUGAACCCUUCUCCAUCGAAAUCCUAGACACGCAGUUUAAAUCCCCAAUUCUAAGGUUCCAGUAUUCGUCAUUCAAGGGUCCGCGUUUGACUUUUGACUUGGACCUGAACACGUUUGAACGCGUGCUCAAGAAGACAGAUCAGGUGCUUGGUGGAUUUGAUGGAAGCAAGUACUCAGCUUGUCGGAAAUGGGCGACGGCAUCAGAUGGCACAAACGUGCCCAUCUCCAUAGUUUGGAGAAACGAUCUGGCCAAGUUGGACGGCACCGAUCCUCUUUACCUUAGUGGCUAUGGCUCUUAUGAGGUAGCGAAUAAUGCUGUGUUCUCGACGGGCAGGCUUUCCCUUCUGGAUAGAGGGAUCGUAUUUGCAAUCGCGCAUGUUCGAGGCGGUGGUGAGAUGGGACGACUAUGGUACGAGGAUGGAAAAUACUUGAAAAAAAUAAACACAUUCACGGACUUCAUCACCUGUGCUGAAUACCUGAUCGAGAACAAGUGGGUUUCCGCAGAGAAGCUGUGCAUGGUGGGUCGGAGCGCAGGAGGUCUAUUGGUGGGGGCUGUUUUGAACAUGAGGCCUGGGCUCUUUCACACUGCCAUUGCCAGUGUUCCGUUUGUGGAUGUCCUGACGACGAUGCUCGACCCCACAAUCCCACUGACCAUUGGAGAGUAUGAGGUUGCGGUCACCACGCAGCCUGCUGUCUCGCAGCAUGUGCAGCCGCAGGGCACACAGCCCCAGCAGCUAGCACAACAACCUGUGUCACAGGGUCCACAACCCGCCGUGAUGCAGGGAUCAGGACAAACACAGUGGGUUCCAAAGACGGCCAUCGCCGCUCCGAAACCCGUCACAGGGGACAAGAGAGGCGAAGACCUCGACACAUGGUUGAGGAACCAGUUGGCAAGUCAGGCCAACAUCAAUAUGCACAACUUCCCUUUGUUUAGCAAGAUGGCCCUAGACCUUGAGGCGAAGAUAGGGCAUGGACAGGCACCCACUACGGAUGGAAGGAGAAAGACACUGCCUCCUAACUGGAAGGCGAAGGGGCGCAUUAUGUUUGUCGAUAACGAUGGUUCAACCAUCGAAUUAGAGGAACACUUCCAGGAAGGAGUAGGUUCAGAGGCUGGCAGCGCAGAAGCUUCAGAGGGUGGAGUAGUCGCUGCCGUCACUCAAAACGGUAAGGCGACCGGUCGACGCCGCGGAGGCUCCCGAUCAAGGAGUCAAGUUGACCCCAACGCUCCCCCAUGGGAGAAGGCGGGUCUCGCAGAGGAUGUGUGGAGAGAUCGGUACACACGGCAGGCUUGCAUUCGUUGUGGCCAAUAUGGCCAUAAUCAGUUCAAGUGCUGUAACAAGAAGGUGACCGACAAGAUCCCGCCUACGAUGGGGCAGGCGCACGCUAUGAAUCGGAUAUUCCAUGACUACUUGGAUAAGUUUUUCAUCGUGUACCUCGAUGACAUACUUAUUUUUAGUAAGACUGUCGAAGAGCAUGUUGCACACUUGGACAAAGUCCUCAGUCUCCUGCGACAGCACAAGUUCAAGAUCAACGGUGAGAAGUGCGAGUUUGGGCGCACCCGUGUCUUGUACUUGGGUCAUGAGAUCUCCUUGGAAGGGUUGAAGCCCGAUGACGUGAAGGUGGCCAGCAUUCGUGAUUGGCCACGUCCUCAGUCUGUGACUGAGAUGAGAUCUUUCUUAGGAAUGACAAGCUACUAUAGGACCUUCGUUAAGAACUAUAGUAUAGUGACCUCUCCUUUAAUUAAUCUGACGCGCCUGGACACCCCAUGGGAGUGGACAGAUGAGUGCGAGGCUGCUUUCAGACAUCUGAAGCAUGUGUUGACGCACUACGAGGUCUUGAAACUUCCUGAUCUUGAUAAGCCGUUUAUAGUCACCACGGAUGGCAGCCAAUAUGGCAUUGGCGCCGUGCUUGCGCAGCAGGAGGGGCCAAAGUUAAGGUCUGUAGAGUACAUGUCCAAGAAGAUGCCCUCUCAGAAGUUGGCAAAGUCCACCUAUGAGAAGGAACUCUAUGCGGUGUACAAGGCUCUGACCCAUUGGAGACACUGUCUCCUUGGGAGGUUCUUCAUCCUCAGGACUGAUCAUCAGACCCUGAGAUGGAUGAGAACUCAGCCUGUUCUCUCUGAAGCCCUCAAGUGUUGGAUAGAAGUCAUUGAGCAAUAUGACUUUGACCCUCAGUAUCUGAAAGGGGAGUACAACAAGGUUGCUGAUGCCUUGUCGCGUAGACCUGAUUUCUCAGGUGCGCUGAUUACUGAGUUCGAUCUGACGGACAGUGUUACUCAGUCUUUGGUGGAAGCCUAUCGCGAUGACCAGUUCAUGUCUGAGAUCAUACGCAGACUUGAGGUGAAGGACAAGAAGACUUCUGCUGAGUUUGAGUUGGUCAAUGGCUUGCUGUUCCUUGAGAAGGAAGAGAAUAAACGAUUGUGUGUCCCAAAUAGCGAGUCUUUGCGUAGUUUGUUUUUAGGUGAGUGCCAUGAUGCCACCGGCCAUUUUGGGUAUAAGAAGACCGCAGCCAAUCUGCUGCAGCGGUUCUGGUGGCCCACGAUGAUGCGAGAUGCCCAGCUGUACGUGGAGACUUGUCAAGUUUGUCAAAGGGACAAGCCACGUACUCAGGCUCCUCUUGGGCUUUUGAAGCCCCUUCCGAUUCCGGAACGGCCUGGUGAGAGUCUGUCCAUGGAUUUCAUGGAUACUCUAAUCACUAGCAAGAGAGGGAUGCGUCACAUCUUCGUCAUCGUGGAUAGAUUUAGUAAGUAUGCUAGGUUAGUAGCAAUGCCGGAAACAGCAAAGACGGAGUAUGUGAUCCGAAUGUUCAAAGAGAACUGGGUUAGAGACUUUGGUUUACCGAAGUCAAUUGUCAGUGACAGGGAUGUCCUGUUUACCAGCGAGUUGUGGAAGGCCGCUGCUGCAGAGCAGGGCACUCAAUUGCAGAUGACUUCUGGGAAUCACCCAGAGGCCAAUGGACAGGCCGAGCAACUGAAUCGCGCUGUGGACCUUGGGGCUGGGCACUUCUCCAAGACAGGAAGAUUUGACCUAAUCAAGGAGGUAGCGCUGGAAUAUGCUUUUCUACUGAAGACCCUUGGGCUAAUGAAUGUAACAGGGGUGUCAAGCGAGGCAUCAAAGACAUCGGCGAUGUUCGUCAACCGAUGACCGGAUUUCAAUUUAUGUUCACCCACCUGGACAAGUUCCUUUGGCCAUCGACCUGUGAGCAAUGGUCGAUGGGACUGAGCAUGGGCCCGAAGUCUAGCUGUUCGAAGAAAACCCUCGGGAAGGACUGGAGAUAACCUCGUGAAGUUCGUCGCAAUGGAUUGCAUCGCCGAAAAAAAUAUGUAACUGGUGUGGAAAGAAUAAAAGUGGGCUAGAAAC